AUUCAAACUGAUGGCACAUUUUGGAUCACCUGUCUGCCUACACAUUGUGGAUCACAUGUCUGCCUACACAUUGUGGAUCACAUGUCUGCCUACACAUUGCCUGAGUGGAGAAAACAUUUUAGUAUGCAUGUUCCAAUGCUUCAAUUUAUCUUUAAUGAUGACUUAGUAAUUUAAUGCUUUGAUACAUUCAAAAUAAGCAGUUUAACAAAUUGUGAGUAGCUUCUGUUCAACUGCUUAUUUUGAAGGGAAGCAGUCUGCAUAUCAAUCAGUUAGAAAGGCCUGCAUGUGAAAUGAGAACACUUUGAAAUGAUGUUUAGCAUUACCAUGAUUUAGUCUCACUCUUGCAGACUGUGGGUUUGAGAGGCAUGUCGGAGGGAGUAAUGUGGGAGAUGCACUUAUGAUUACAGGCUCAUUGUUGCUGUCAUUCCAGCUUCAAGUGGAAUGUUGAUGGGAAGGAUGCUUCUGUAAUCAGGUUCACAUACUCCUUUUGAUUCACUACAUUUUCUCCUAUCUCAGGUUCUGGCAGCCAUGAAGACCCUCUGCGUUGAGCUGGGAGGAUCUGCAGCCGUGGCCCCGUGUUCAGCGUGAGCUCCGCAGCGAUGCCUGCCCCCCCCGGGGAGGAAUGGUUCACUCCACUGCUGCUCCCCCCCCAGAGGCCGGGGACAUUACCAGUCUCUGCUGCCUGGUUACGGGGCUGCUGAAGCUCCCGGAGAGCACGUCGAUGGAGAACGUCUCCAUGGGCUCCCGCUCCCCCCCCGCCCCGCUCACACCCACAGCGGGAGCCCCGGAGAGCCUGCAGGGCGUGGGCCUCCCUCUGCAGGUGUUCUUCUGCCUGGUCAUGGCGGCCAUCCUGCUGCUGGCCCUGCUGGGGAACGUGGUGGUGUGCCUGAUGGUGUACCAGAGGUCGGCCAUGCGCUCUGCCAUCAACAUCCUGCUGGCCAGCUUGGCCUUCGCCGACAUGAUGCUGGCCAUCCUCAACAUGCCCUUCACUCUGGUUACCGUGGUGACCACCCAGUGGGUUUUCGGGGACGUUUUCUGUCGAGUGUCCGCCAUGCUCUUCUGGUUCUUUGUGAUGGAGGGCGUGGCUAUACUGCUUAUAAUAAGCAUAGACAGGUUUCUAAUUAUUGUCCAGAAGCAGGAUAAGCUGAGCCCUCAGAGAGCCAAGGUGCUCAUCGUGGUCACAUGGGGGCUCUCCUUCAUCGUCGCCUUCCCUCUGGCGGUCGGUUCCCCUCCCCUGCACGUCCCCCCCAGGGCCCCUCAGUGUGUGUUUGGCUACAGUGUGGAGCCUGGGUACCUCACCUACGUGCUGAUCCUGAUGCUGGUCUUCUUCUUCCUGCCUUUCAUGGUCAUGCUGUACACAUUCAUGGGGAUCCUGAACACCAUCCGCCACAACGCCAUCCGCAUCCACAGCAACCCGGACAGCAUCUGCCUGAGCCAGGCCAGCAAACUGGGCCUGCUGAGCCUGCAGAGGCCCUUCCAGAUGAACAUCGACAUAAGCUUCAAGACGCGUGCCUUCACCACCAUCCUCAUCCUCUUCUCUGUGUUCACUGUGUGCUGGGCCCCCUUCACUGCCUACAGUCUGGUAGCUACCUUCAGCGAUGGCUUCUACCACAAAGACAGCUUCUUUCAAAUCAGCACAUGGGUCCUGUGGUUGUGCUACCUUAAGUCAGCCCUCAACCCUCUUAUUUACUACUGGCGGAUCAAGAAGUUCCGUGACGCCUGCCUGGAUCUGAUGCCCAAGUACUUCAAGUUUCUUCCUCAGCUGCCAGGCAACACCAAGAGGAGGAUCCAGCCCAGCGCCGUGUACGUGUGCGGAGAGCAUCGUGCCGUGGUCUGAAGGAAACCAUCACACAUCUUUACACACUGUAGCGUGUUCUGUUUGGAGGUUCACUUCUCUUAGCAUGGGGCAGAAUGAUUGCUCUGUUUGUGAUCUGUGGAUACAGGGAGCAGACAGAAAAUGAAAAGCAAUCCAGGAGGAGUGUUUGUUUUAAGGGUUAUCAGAAACAUGACCCCUGUCCUCUGUGGUUUAUGAUAUAAAGAGUUUUUUUACUGGAAGAGGGCAGAGUUUUAUUUAAAAGAUUCUGAUACAUUUCUGAAGUUUCACCGCCGAAACAACAAUAUGUUCUUACCUGGAAGAAAGUAAAUAUACUAUUUUACACCUUUUUAUUUUUUUAUUUGAUCAGUGAAGCCAAACUCCUCAGAUUUGACAUAACUGUAAGGUUGGUAGAAAGCCAUAAUAUUAACUUUAAAUAAAAAUAUAUUAGGUUCAACUUAAUAUUAUUGCUUUCAACUAACCUAAUACAGUUAUGUGACAUUUGUUUACAUAAUACAUUUAAUUAAAGUCAACGGACACAUCUGUCUUUUAUUUGUUCACUGUAGACAAACAACCAUAUGUGUCAUAGUAGAGAUGGACACAUAGGGCCUGGUACCAAUUACAGAGACAUUAUUUGUAUUCAAUUCCUACAUGUUAUAUUCGGCCUUAACAAUCAUCACCAUGCACAAUUUUUGCCCAAAGAAUUGACAAAAUUAUUAUCAACUAUCCAAUUAACAAGAAUAAUGGACUGUUUAAAUAUUUGAUGGCAUCUUUUGAUACUUGUCGGGUUUUAAUACUUGGUUUUCCCGACACAUUGCCCUCGGCACAGAAUGUAUGUUGACGUACUGCCGGGCUGUGGAGCACAACGCAGCGCAGCUAAAGAGUUCUGCUGGACCCACUUCCUGUCGCUCUGAUGCUGCCUCACCAAACACAUUGGCCUCUGAGGGGAUACUAUGUCAUUCUGGGCCACAAAAGGAAUAUUUCAAGUGAAGUAGAGGACUGAAGGAAAAUAAUGAAACUCUUGGAUGCACUGAAUUGCACAUACUGUGUUAAAAUACAGAUGGUGAAUUUGUCUUUUAUGAUUGUUCUGAGAAGACAGGCGCUGCUGGGUUUGACUUGACCGCAAGUCUUUUCUUGUCACUUGAAUCACGACUCAUGGAGAGCACAGUGUGUG